GUAUCUUCAGUUCUAAUAUGGUUUGUUAGCGACCAUAGUAAACUGUGUUCUUUGAUGUGUAGAUUGAUUGAUUUAGGUUCAUCAAUCUUAGCCAUUUAAGUGACUUCGUGUAUAAUUGCUUCCUAUGGACUUUUUAUGAAGGUACACGAGCAUGCACUGCCUAAGAGGGAGGAAGGAACUCGAAGUUUGGCGAAAAAAUGGUUAGAUAAUGUUGGUAAUAUUUGACGAAGUGGUGGUAAGGCGUGGUGGUGGCGGCGUGGUGGAGCGACCAGUCAGUCGUGCGAAGAUGUGGCGGUGGGCGGUACUGUGGCAGGCCACCUCGUUGCUGCUGGUCGGAGGAACCCUGGACUUCCGAUAUUUUACCAGGAAACAGCAUUUGCCCUCAACUCAGGCAAACUGUUUCGACUCCUCUAUACUGGUUGACCGACAUGGCAGAGCAGUUCGUGAAGGGUGGCGUCCUAAGCCAAGAAAGAUACAGACUCUCCAACCAACUUCAGCGACGUAUCCCACUUUUCCUUUAUUGAACACCAACGAAAUUAUGGCUCGUAGAAUCGACCGUUUGUUGCCGAACGCUGAAGAUAUUGUCAAAGAGCACGCCAAACUGGUACAAGAUAUCAACAGUCUGCGACAGGUGGUAUUCGUAUCGCCUUUAGUUGAAGAAAACAGGGAUUAUGAUGAGUCUAUACUGCAGGAAAUUAUCGAAAUAUCCACUACGUCAAGACCUUUACCAAAACUGACGAGUUCAAGGGCGCCACCGAAGCCUACCAAGACGAGUUCGAUUCCGAUAAUUUUGCUAGGAGGCGCGAGCCAGCCAGAUGUGGUAAAAACGCAGCCCAUUCGAUUCACUAAACCCAUCAGUUUAGUCGGGAGCUCGAUUUCGCCUCUGAUGAAGCAUCCCUAUCCGUUUGUUAUGCACGGGUCAUCAAGUAGACCGUAUAAGUACUGCAUGAAUCCAAUGCACAUGAUGUUCACAACAACCCAGAAGCCAAGUUUGUUACAGCGACUACUGAACUCAAUAUUACCCCGAGGUAGAUAGUACAUUAGUAGAGUCCGAAAUUUUAAUCAAUCAUUGUUUUGUGAUUGGUAUUUACAAAUUGUUAAGUUAUUUGGGGUUUUGGAGACGCAGGCGCAAUAUGCUGGCAUGUAAUAAUGCGUAACUGUUUCGCAAUGUUGCGUUUAUAUUAUACGUUUCUCAUAGUUUUUGUAGACUUGUAGAUGGUAAUACGCGACGCGGAAGGCGGUGGUUUCCCGCAGUUGUUUCGCGCGCCUAUUACCCGGGCGUAGUGAUGCGGCGAUAUGCCGCGGGCGCAGAGACGCACGCGCGAUGUCGCUCGCGUGUCAUACUUCUAUCUAAUUACCGGCGCCGAUUAUGUAUUGUCUUUGUUUUUACACUUUAUGCUCAUCGAAAUGGAAAAGUUGAACGCCUUAUGUGUAAUGAUGCAAUAAUUUGAAAUACGUUUAUAGCUCACUAUUCCCAUAAUGGUCUACUUACUUAUUGCCCUCUUGAUUUUAAAGUAGAAAGCAGUACGAACUAAGUAUUUUGAAUAUGUAAUAAUAAUUUACUUCAAAAAUGUCUGCAUUAGUUACCAAUAACUAGGAUAUUGGAUUAUUUAUUAGGUCCUAUUUUUUAUAUUGUCGACUACGUACAUUUUAUUAUUUUCAAAAUAUACAAAAACUUGAAAUGUCCAUAAUAUAAGAUACGUAACUAAAAUUACUAUUUUUUCCCCUAGUUAGGUGUGACUGUAGUCUUAAUUAUUAAGCUUAAUCUAUUGAGUCUUGAAAAAGGUAGAGCGGCAUAUUUGUCUGAAAAUAUGAGAAUUAUUCUGGUGCUUAGCAACUGAAUUAUUAUUUUAGAGUAACUUCGAUCCCCAUAUUACUGAAAUCUCUACCAUAUAACUGUGUCGAGAGGGAGAGCAGUUAUAUGCAUUACCCCUAAAUAGUAAUUCGGGACACGUGUUGUACAACUAAAUAAAGUAUUAUAAAACAAAAGUCAUGUGAUUACGUGAAAUUAAAUCGUUUAACAAAAAAGUUUGCGGUAAGUAAAAAAAUACGACUUAAACAUUUGAUGUGAUUUUCGAAAAUUGUGGACAAUUCACAUAUUUUACAUUGACACUAUAUUAAAUUACUACACAUAUAAUAUGUCCCACAUAAUAAGUGUUGCAAAUAAGACUCUUGUUGUUACAUUGUGUUUUCUUUAUUUUUCCCUUAGAAUUAGAUUAAAAAGACUUCAAACAAUAAUUAGUUGACACUUUUUAUUCACUGUGAGCUUUAACGAACUGUUUAAUUAAUAUUAACGGUAUAAUAGUUCUUAAAACUUUCUAUUACUAUCGUAUUAAGUACCUAAAUAAAUACAGCAGCAGGAAGUAAACUAACGCCCGUAUUCACAAACAUUACUAUGAGGUAUUACAGUGCACGUGGAUGCACGAUACUAAUCACAGAGCUCUAUUCAACGCUGUGCGUUCGAUUUGCUGCUUCACUUAAGCAAGCAUCGUUUGUGAAUACAGGCGUAAGUAGGUACAUCUUAUAAGUUGGUUGUAAACAUACAUUAAAGGACAGUCGAUUUUUAAUCCUAAUUAAUUAUACAUCGAUAAAUUGAUUACCUAAUUGUUAGUCUAUUUUAUUGUUUCAAAAUCAGUGCUAAGAUUAUGUACUUACUAUAAUAAUAUACUUAAAAUUAUAACUAGGUAAAUAAGUAAAUAUGACUAAUGUAUAAGUGCCUAUGUAGAAUAGGCGACAAUUCAGUGCUGAUUUU